CAGACUAGGGAGGCAGCUGAAAUGUGGCCCGACAGGUCUGAUGGGAAUGCAGAGACAGAGAAAGAGAGAGAGAGAGACAGGGAGGUUGCUGAGUGACUGACAAGUCUGUCAACCAGGUGGAGUUAGGAGCAGUCUGGCUGUAAAUAAGAAAAUUGCAUAGUUGUGUUGCUGAGUGUGGGACUGGAUUGCACCUGAUCAUUUUACUGACAGAGAGGGAACCUCAUGGCCCAGUGGACUCCCCACCACCACCACCACCAGACUUGACAGAGUGGAAUUUCCCUCCUCUUCCCUGGCUGGAGCCGGGGGCAGAUGGUCGCUCUGAGAGUUUGAGCAGAACUCAGGAAGGAGCAGUGAGAGGAAGGGUGGGAGGAGGUCUGGGAAGGGAGAGGAAGAGAAGCGAGGAGUGGACAGAAGAGGAGAGAUGCUUCGCUACGGUUCAGGACGAACUGUUUCCACCACCACCACCACAACACAGGACUCUCCAGACUCUGAGAGGAGGAUUAGACGCCUCAGGUUAACUCUACACGCAGGAGAUAAUGGAAACAAGGAGCCAAAACCUGCAAACUCGGACACAGCUGAGAAAAAGAAGGAUGUCAAUGAACCAUGGAAGAAGAAGAAGAAUGGGCUGAUCCAAAGAGAGAGGCCAGCUGGCAGGGAGUCACCUCAGCAGCAACUCGGAGACAUGACCAAUGGGGCGCCAGAGACAUCGCUGCAGAAUCAUGGGCCCACAGUGUACGGUGUAGUGCAGAGGACGGGUUCAGACAGACAGCAGGUGGUGAUGGCGCGCGAGUGGACGGCCAAUCACCUUCAGGAUGAGAUGAAGUACAUCAGGGAGGUGAGAGAUUCUUUGGAGAAGGUGAGAGAGCGGAUGUAUGGCCAGUUUGGAGGAAUGCAGCAAUCAAUGGAGAAGCUUUCACAAGAAAUCAGGGCUGCCAAUUCACAUCGGAGGAGUCUGGAGUCAGAGGUGAAGAUCCGGACGACAGCCAUGGAGAGCUUCGAUCAGAUGAACAGCUCUCUUAUAUCUGCUAACAUCAGCCUGCAGAAAUCCCUUCUGGAGAACUGUCAGAGAAGAGUGGACACGAGAGACGAGGUGAAGAGUUUGCGGAGCACCUGUGAGAAAACACAAGAAAAACUCAGAGACACGGAGAGGGAGCUGGCUGCUGCGCAGGUUGAAAACCAGACUUUGAGACUACAGGUGGAGUCUGCACAGGAGGCCAACAAUCAGGCGCUGCAGGAGCUCUCAGCAAAGCUAAAGCUGGAGUACGAGGAGAAGCUUCAGGAGGAACAGCGGAAACACAGGGAGGAGAUUGAAAAGCUACAGGCCCAACUGGAUGAGUACAUCAGGCGACUGGAGGAAGCAGAGAAAAACAUCAGGAUUGCAGAGGCCAAGAUUGCUGAAAGGGACCAGAGGAUCAUCGAAGUGGAGCGUCUCCUGGACUGUAUGGGAAAGGAAAAGAGUCAACUCCACAAGAAGCUGCAGGAAUGUGAACAGCGUCUCCGCUUGAUGGAGCUGACAGACAAAACUGAUGCAACUGUAGCCAAAAGGUCCAAAGUGCUGCAAUCUGAAUCUGUGGAUCUCCGUGAGAGAAUCAAACACUUGAACGACAUGGUGUUCUGCCAGCAGAGGAAAGUCAAAGGAAUGAUCGAGGAGGUUGAAACAUUGCGAGCCCAAGUCGCUCAGAAGGAUAUGUUCAUCUCAGAGCUUCUGGACAGAAUUGCGAUAGUGGAGUGUGAGAAUAAUGAAUUAGAAGACAAGCUGAAGUAUUUUAUGUCCACACAGAAUAAACCGCGAGAGGUUUUGGAAACCAGGGAGAUAGGAGUAGGCUGUGAUCUGCUCCCCAGACGUGAAGCAAAAAGGCAUGAUGCUGAACCUCUUGUUCAUCAACAUCCAUUCCACUACCUAACAACACCCACCCAACCAAGGACGUUCAAGUCUAACAACCCUCCACCCAGCAGGCUGGAGUCCAGUUUACUGAGGUACACUCCCGUCCAGUACAGCCGCUUCCUGUCGUCCAACCCCUUGGAGCCGAGUGGGAUGUUCCCCUCCACCCGCCCGUCUGAAUCUGAGUCUCCUCUAACAGUGAUGUCCUCGUCGUGGACAGUGCGCCAGGGACAGACAGGAGACCUGAGAAACCAGAGCAAAGAGGAGCUCCAAGAACUGCUCCUGCGACAGGAGAAGAUAUUCUCUAACAAGAGGUUUUUACAGAGUCUUCCUGACAAAGGGAAAAAGAUAAAGGAAUUUGCGGAGAAAGUGCGCCUUGCCAUUGAACACAACGAUGAAGAGGAGAGGAGACAAAGCUUGGUGUCGGCUGCCAGGACAGAGUUACACUCCAAGUAUCAGCAGACUUUCACUUUGCAACAACGUGUUAUCCCCGACACACCAGCAGCCUUAAACCAAGACAGACAAGGUGAGGCUGCUGCAGGCGAUGCGGUACAGGAGAUGGCGACCUCACCUGUCUCAGCUCAUGUGCAUGAAAACAACAUUUUGGAGCAACAGGACCAGUUUGUCUCCAGAGUGGCUGCUGGUGAAACCAUGGAGACGGCUGCUGCUGGGGCCUCUCUGAACUCUGAUCAGACAAAAGAGGGUGACCUUGUGGAGGCCUUGGAAAGGGUCAGACUGUCUGAAAGUAGUACUGGUUUCAGUAGCAAGUCCAAAGACCCAUUUAACAGCACAGCAGGAGACAAUUACUUUCUCAAAAAGCAGAUACCAAAAAAGCCUCACUAUGUAUCUGUAAUGGAAAGAACAGAGAAGACUUCAGCUCUCAGGAAGCCAAAAUUCAAACCAAAUCAGCUGCCCCAAAGAAGUGACAUCUCUCCAUCAGGAUCUUCGUCACCCAGCCAGUCUUCUGAAAGUUCAUCGCCGCUCUCUGCAGAGGCCAGAAGGGAGCGGGACAGAAAGCACCUGGAUGACAUCACUGCAGCUAGACUCCCUCUUCUCCACUACAGUCCGGCACAGCUUCUGUCUCUGGACGAGUCGGCCAUCCUCCUAAAGGAACAAGCAAAGAAGCAGCAGGAGUUGCAGGCCAAGCUGGCUUCCCAGAAACUGUCUGACGGAUUGAAGAUCUCUAUGGGGAGCUACGCUCCUGACAGUGGCCCCAUGGCUGCCUACAGAGAGGAUCACGAUGAAGGAUCCCAGCUCUCCUCAGAGGAGGACUGAUCCUGGAAGGCCAGAGCUGGGGAAACCAGUGUGACCUUGGCCCUGAGGGAAACAGGCUUUGGACCUUGCAAUCAGGAUCCAUCAAACAGGGUUUUCACUCCAAAGACAAGAAUUCUUAAGAUAGGAAAAGAGUCUUUGCACCGUGUGAAGGCAUAGUUGGUAUCCCAGACUCAGCUCAGGAAAUGGCAGGUUAAGAAACUAGCUCACUUAAUUGUCAUUCUGUUCGUAUUGGGUUUGUGUCAGUGCCCUGCAGUAAUAACAAUACCUGCUGUUGACUAGGAGUCUUAAAUGCUAAAUUUGAGGAAUGUAUCAUGAGGGAAAUGUUUCUUGUCAGCAUACCAAAACUGAUGAUGUCAGGGAAUUCUGGACCUGAAAGUAUUGAACGUUGAAAUAUCUAUUUUAGUGUGUUAAUAUUUGCACUCAAAGCUCAUCAGCAGGUGGAGCCGACUGUUUUGGCACCAAGGUGACUGUUUCCAACUUCAAAAUAGUUGUUUCAGAUUUAAUUAUUACAGAAUUCAAUAAAUGUGUCUGAUUUCCCAAA